AUGGGUGGAAUUGCAAGUGCCAUAGGUUCAUUUACGCCUUUUUUGGAUUUAUUAUUUCCAUUGUUGCCUUUUUGGAAAGACGUUAAGAUAACACAAUCUAAAGGAUUUAUUGCCGGUUCUAUGGCGCUUGCUUCUGGAGUGCUUUUAGGCCUUGUUCUCAUGGACCUUUUUCCAGGCGCUGUGAGCGAUUUUCAAACUUCUAAUUGGUUUGAUCCAAAAUGGGGUAGUUCUUUAGCAACAGCUAUCUUUAUAGUAACGAAAAACGAAGAAGAUGGUACAGAAAAUUUACAGCAUUCUCGUAGUCUUAGGACUUUGGGAAUCCAAAUAGCCAUAGCAUUGGGAGUUCAUAAUUUCCCUGAAGGAUUGGCAACAUUCGCUGUCACAAUUGCAAAUCCCCAAAUUGGAAUCCUGUUUGCAAUAGCACUUGCUCUUCACAAAUUACCAGAAGGCUUAAUCAUUUCGUUACCAAUUUACCUUUCUACCGGUUCACGAUUGAAAGCUUUUCUAAUUGCCGGAAGUAUUGGUAUCUCAGCACAAAUGUUGGGUGCAAUAUUUGGUUACGUUCUUUUUGUAACUUAUUGGAAUUAUGGUAUCUCUGCGAUCAUAUUUUCCAUCGUCUCAGGAGUCUUGCUUUAUACUGUUUUGCAUGGGAUGAUUCCAUUGGCAAAUAAAUACGAUCCAAAGGACAA